AUGGCUACCGGCGAGGAGACGUCUAGAUCUCCUAACCCGCCUACACAUGCCUCAGAGUCUUCGAAUGCCGUAAACAUACCACCGGUUUCGACCCCACCCCGCAGCGCGACCCCUCCACCAGCAACAACAGAAAGGAGGAGGUCGGACAAGAGAGCAUACGACGGCAAUAUGCGAGGCGAGCGAGCGGGUGGAGUUGCUGGUGUCGAUUCUAUCGAUCCAAAUGCGUUGAACAAAGCUCUUUUGAAGGAAUUCGAGGAUGCCGGAAGGCAUAGGGAUACUGGGUCCGCAGGGAGUCCAAGCAGGAAGCGCCAAAGAGUCUAUGGUGACAGAUUCAUACCAAAUCGAGAAGGUCAAGAUCUGCAAGCUGGCUUCAGUUUACUCCAUGAGGAUGGCUCUCCAGCGACGCCCUCGAAGCAAAAGAAACGCACCCCCCAUGGGGAGCUUGACUUCCAAAAGACUGAAGAAGCCAACCGCACGUUUUCAACGCUGCUUCGGACCGAAAUAUUCGACACGACCAUCCCACAACCUACACCACCGAACAUUUCGCCAGAUACGAAUCAUUCGACUACAAGCCACGAUCCUACUCGGUCCCGUACACCACCUAAUAAUAGCUCUAAUACUUCACUACCUGUGUCUUUAACGCCCUCGACUCCUCACAAGAACCUCUUUACCUACAUAUCGCCGCGGCACCAUACCAAUAUCGCUGGCCAUCCUACACCCUCAAGAACACCUCAAAGUCGCCAUGGACCGAAUCUUGACUCUAGAUCAGAGUUAUACAGUUUAUCACCCGUUCGAUUCGGCAGUCAACAAAUGCUGCUGAACCAUCGAAAGCAACCGCGGGCAGUUAGCAAAGUACCCUACAAAGUUCUCGAUGCACCUGAUUUAGCCGACGAUUUCUACCUCAAUCUUGUAGAUUGGGGGAGCAGUAAUAUUCUGGGGGUUGGCUUGGGAAGUUGCGUCUAUAUGUGGAAUUCGGAAUCUGGCCGAGUUAAUAAACUCUGUGAAUUGCAAGACGACACCGUAACAAGUGUAUCCUGGAUACAACGUGGCUCACAUAUUGCGAUCGGUACAGGCAAAGGCCUUGUUCAAAUUUGGGACGCAGAACGGGUACGGAGACUACGAACCAUGACCGGUCACACCGCACGUGUUGGCUCGCUGGCUUGGAAUGACCAUAUUCUCACGUCUGGAUCCCGGGACCGACUCAUCUACCACCGCGAUGUACGUGCUCCUGACCAAUGGCUCCGAAAGUUAGUUGGGCACAAGCAGGAGGUUUGUGGUCUGCGCUGGAACUGCGACGAUGGGCAACUUGCCUCGGGUGGAAACGAUAACAAGCUCAUGGUCUGGGACAAGCUUUCUGAAACUCCACUGUGGAAAUUUAGUGACCACACGGCUGCCGUAAAAGCCAUAGCCUGGUCACCACAUCAGCGAGGUCUUCUUGCAUCUGGUGGCGGAACUGCAGACCGUCGCAUCAUUUUCCACGACACAUUAAGAGGCGACAAAAUCCAAGAAGUCGAUACUGGAUCGCAAGUCUGUAACCUCGCAUGGUCCAAGAACUCCAAUGAGAUCGUCUCCACGCAUGGCUAUUCACAGAACCAAAUUGUGGUCUGGAAGUAUCCGAAUAUGACCCAAGUUGUUAGCUUGACGGGGCAUACUUACCGAGUCCUCUAUCUGGCUAUGAGUCCCGAUGGCCGAGUAGUGGUCACCGGUGCUGGGGAUGAGACAUUGCGGUUCUGGAAUAUAUUUGGCAGGAAACCAGGAUUAAGAGACGAUGCCGAUGCUGGAGGCGGGGGGAGACUUGGCGAUUGGGGUGUAAUAAGGUGA